GCCGUGCGUUCGCAGCGCUCCGCGCGCUCUUUACGUUGCAGCCCCGGGAGUAGGCGUUUCCGGCCAUUCAUACUCCUGUCCGUAGGCCCUUGGUUGUCGGGUUUUGUGCAUUCUCGGACCGAAGGAGUGACGGCGCCGCUAGGAUGAAGCUCGUGAGAUUUUUGAUGAAAUUGAGUCAUGAAACUGUAACCAUCGAAUUAAAGAAUGGGACACAGGUCCAUGGAACAAUCACAGGUGUAGAUGUCAGCAUGAAUACGCAUCUUAAGGCUGUGAAAAUGACCCUGAAGAACCGAGAACCUGUACAACUGGAAACACUGAGUAUUCGAGGAAAUAACAUUCGAUAUUUUAUUCUGCCAGACAGCUUACCUCUGGAUACGCUACUUGUGGAUGUUGAACCAAAGGUGAAAUCUAAGAAAAGGGAAGCUGUUGCAGGAAGAGGCCGGGGCAGAGGAAGAGGACGAGGACGUGGCCGGGGCAGAGGAAGAGGGGGUCCUAGGCGAUAAUGUCUCUCAAGAUUACUGUUUCAAAGUGAUAUGUGAUUUGGGAUAUUUUUUUGUACAGAUUUUGUUUGUUUAUGUCAAUUUUUAAUAAACAUAAAUGUAGGACAGUUGUCUAUUGACUAUAUCAAAUUAAGUUUUAAUAAUUCACACAUAUUAACACAGUAAGAAAUGAGCAUUACUGCUAGGCAGUCUCAGAAGAAUUCCAUUCUUAGAUCAGGCAUUUAAUUUUUUUAACUAAAAUAUUUCUUCUAUGAAUACGUAUAGAAUAUAUACCUUUUUACUUCACAUGCACUGAGUAUGAAUUUUGUUUUACUUAGACUCAUUUUCUGUAAAACCUUCCUUACAAGUGAAGUAAUAUACUUUCAGGGUACUUCAGGAGCUAACGUUCUAUGGAAUGGGGUCUAAAGUCUGCCCUGAGUUUUACUCCAUGGAGACUAAGGUCUUUAGUAAAAGGUAUUAGUCAUCUAAUUCAAGAGUAAUUGAUUUUGUCCUGAUUGUUAAUAUUUUUUUAGUUUUGUUUUAUGUUUUCAGUAGGCUCUCAUAAAAUAUAGUUUUACAUUCUCCUGGAUUGAAAUGUGUUAAUGUGGAAUGUACCUGUUAGUGUAUCCUUUAUCAAGUACUUUUACAAGGAGUCCUUUGAGAACCAAAGGAAAAAGACCUACUUUAUUUGAUGACAAAACUGGAUUCUUUCCAGUGUUAAUAGGGAUUUUUAAAAAUUGUUUUAAUUGGUUAAGUUUAGAGAAAAAUUCUCAGCAUAUACAAUUGCUUGUAAAACUUACCAUUUGUUUACAUGCUUAAAGAAAAAAACGUUACUGAGGAUUGGGGGCAACUAAAUUUGUAUUUUCACUUAAUUAUGCUUGUAGAGUUUUGUUUUUUAAAUGAAGAAAUUUUCUGCAAAGAUCGUUGUCUAAAAAGAAGGUUUUAGGCCCUGUUGAGAGGGUUACAUAAAUUGAGAAAUAGCAAGAACAUUUGUAUGUGGUAUGUGUGCGUGUCUCAUUCUUUUCCAUCCUCUUAUCUGUUGGUGCUAUUGAACCCACGUGGAAGGCAAGGGAGCCCAGGGAUGCAGCAAGGUGGAGAGAUGUGAAGAGAGCAAAAAAAAAGACCUAGCAGAAGCCAAUAAACAUAAGUUGAAUCCUGCCCUCAUAGUGCUCAUAGACCAAAAGGGAAGAAGAAUUAAAUAAACAUUGAUAAGUAAUUGCAAAUUGUGAGGACUCUGAUGAUAAAGAGUACUCCAAAUUA